CGGCUACGAGUUCGACACACCGCCACGUUCGGAGUACGGUGACAACGAAUUUGUGCCGGUUACAAUUCUACGUUAUGCGCCCACAAAUACCGAAUCAGCUUCGGUUAUGUCGCCGCCCUUACUCCCGCCCUCGCCUUUGAGUUCCUGCUCCAGUGCACCUGCUUCACCAGCUUGUUCUUCGCCUGCAAAUUCGGCCAUUAUGUCUCCUGAUCUUUCUCUUGUAAAAAUGGAAUCAAAUGCAUACGACGCACGGGAUCAUGAGACGCUACGAGGGGCGCUUGAAGAUACAUCUUUCCAACGAAGAUUGAAUUUGCGCCCACUGUCGUUGGAAGCGUUGUGGCCUUCGACAGGCAAACAAGAUCGUGACGAAAUUGCACAAGAAGAAUUAGAUGGAAACAUGGAUUUUUUGCACAUGGAUCUCGAUUUUGAUGGAUUGGAACAAUUAGACGUUGAGGAAGAUUUACGCCCAGUUUUGUCAAUGGCUUUGGAGCAGGUUAAGAAGGAUGUCAUGGCCACUUGCUCUCUGCUCAAUAUUUCUCCAGAUCCAUGUGCUUGGAGCGUGGAGCAAUCUCGAUCGUGGUUAAAAUGGACUGCAGCGCAAUUUUCCCUUCCUGCUCCUUGUGAAUCAAAUUUCAAUGAGGAUGGAUCGGCUCUAACUCAAUUGCCAGAACACGUAUUCGUAGCCAGAGAACCUCAGUCGGGUAGUAUACUGUAUGCCCAACUUGAGAUAUGGAAAGCAGCCAGAUUGGAACAAUGUUUGCAGUGCGGAUCUGAAGCCGAGGAUGAAGAACCUCCAUCCCUAACAAUGCCCUGCGAUACUGACGACGUUUUGGACACAACGAACUUAUCUGGUAGGUCUGCACCCUCGCCUGCACCUUCUACCAACGGAAACGGUACCGGUACUCAAAGACAAGGUAGUUCACAUAUUCACCUUUGGCAAUUUUUAAAAGAACUUCUAGCGGGUCCUCAGACCCACGGAUCGGCUAUUCGCUGGAUCGAUAGAAGCCGUGGAGUCUUCAAAAUAGAAGAUUCGGUCCGAGUCGCCAGACUUUGGGGAAAACGUAAAAACAGGCCUGCUAUGAACUAUGAUAAAUUAUCCAGAUCGAUAAGACAAUAUUACAAAAAAGGCAUUAUGAAAAAAACAGAACGCAGUCAAAGACUCGUUUAUCAGUUUUGUCAUCCAUACUGUUUGUAA